AGUUUCUGUUGACCUCACGAAUUUACACAAUUUUACACAGAAACUCGGAGAGGGGAAUACACGCGGAUACUGCUAACAGCACAAAUUUCAUGGAGGAGGCAAAGCAUCGACACCAUUGGUAAGAGGAAACAAUUGAUCUUGCUAAAGAUUUCGAUUUUUAUAUCAUCGGAAGAUAUGGCCGGUGCGGCGUCGCCUGCACUGUUGUCCCCGACGAAUGCCGCGAAGCAGAAAGAGAUCAAGGGUCUUUUGCUGGGUCGAUACGAAAUCGGGAAGCUCCUCGGGCAUGGGACGUUUGCGAAGGUUUACCACGCGAGGAACGUGAAGACAGGGGAUAGCGUAGCGAUUAAGGUAAUUGAUAAAGAGAAGAUCCUGAAGGUUGGGUUGAUUGCGCACAUCAAGCGCGAGAUCGCAAUUCUACGGAGAGUUCGCCAUCCGAAUAUUGUCCAAUUGUUUGAGGUUAUGGCGACGAAAUCUAAAAUCUUCUUCGUUAUGGAGUUUGUAAAAGGGGGGGAGUUGUUCAACAAGGUUGCCAAGGGAAGGCUGAAGGAGGAGGUUGCCAGAAGGUAUUUCCAGCAGCUGAUUUCGGCGGUGGCGUUCUGCCACGAACGCGGCGUGUACCACCGUGAUUUGAAGCCGGAAAAUAUAUUGCUCGAUGAAGAUGGGAAUCUUAAAGUAUCUGAUUUUGGAUUGAGUGCUAUAUCGGAGCAGAUUAGGCAGGAUGGCCUUUUCCAUACGUUUUGUGGUACGCCGGCGUACGUUGCGCCGGAGGUGUUGGCACGGAAGGGGUAUGACGGUGCCAAAUUUGAUAUUUGGAGUUGUGGUAUUAUUUUAUUCGUCUUGAUGGCUGGAUACCUUCCUUUCCAUGAUAAAAAUGUUAUGGCUAUGUAUAAGAAGAUUUACAAGGGUGAAUUCCGGUGCCCUAGAUGGUUUUCUCCUGAGUUAACACGGCUCUUGACGCGGAUGCUCGACACUAAUCCGCAGACUCGAAUCACAAUUCCAGAGAUCAUGAGCAAUAAAUGGUUUAGAAAAGGUUUCAAACACGUGAGAUUCUACAUUGAGGAUGAUAAGCUGUGUAGAGUUAAUGAUGAAGGGGACGAUGUUAUGGAUUGCUUCUCCGAUCCAUCCUUUUCCGAGUCCGAUUCCGAGUUGGAGACCCGAAGGAAGCUCACUAGUCUUCCCAGGCCAGCCAGCUUGAAUGCAUUCGAUAUCAUCUCAUUCUCGCAGGGUUUUGAUUUGUCUGGGCUGUUUGAAGAAGGAUCAGAUGGAGGGGCCAGAUUUGUUUCAGGGGCACCUGUGUCGAACAUUGUUUCGAAGCUGGAGGAAAUUGCUAAGGUGGUAAGAUUUACUGUGAGAAAGAAGGACUGCAAAGUGAGUUUAGAGGGAUCCAAGGAUGGUGCCAACGGACCCUUGAGUAUUGAUGCUGAGAUAUAUGAAUUGACGCCGACUUUGAGAGUGGUUGAGGUGAAGAAAAAAGGAGGGGAUAGAUUAGAAUACGAGGAAUUCCGUGACCGAGAAUUGAAGCCAGGAUUGCAAAGCCUCUCGUCGGGGCAUAUUGCUGAUUCUUCUUACUUACCAUCAGAUACUGAGUAGAGAACUAAAGAAGGGACAAGAGUAUGCCCUUCAUUUUCCUUUGUUUUUGCCAUUUUGGGGCUUAUGCCGUAAUUGUGAUGUUUUGGUUUCUUUUCCGUCCCUGCAUACAUUAGACAGCUCGAAUCCAAUGUCAUCCUUUGUACAGGUAAUUUCCCUUAAGUGUUGUUGGAUAGAUCCUUCAAAACCAUCUGGAAAGGAUUGUACACGAAUACUAAUAUUGGCUCCCUGAUGAAAUUUUUUCCUUUUGGUUUCUUGGUAGCAUAUAAAUAAGUAGUUAACCUUGCUGUUUAUUAA